AUGAGGAAGCUUGCCAUUCCCAAGUACUUUGGUCGUCCUUCCAUCGGUUUGGCUUUGUUUGGCUGCGCAAAUCGUCCAUUCUACCACGUGUGCGUUUUUCCUGACAGAGCACUCGGACGGAGGUACGAGGGCAACAUCAUUGAACAGUUGGGAACAUUUGAUCCUCUUCCGAAUUCAAGAAACGAGAAAUUAGUGUCGCUCAACUUUGGUCGACUGAAGUACUGGAUCGGUGAGCGCGACGCUCAUAUAUCUGUCCCUGUUUUGGAGCUUCUUGGUCUCUCAGGAUUAUUUCCCAUACAUCCGAAAACCUUCGUAAGAGCGAGACACAAUAGAGAAUCCACAUCGGUGACGUCCGAAUCAAGGACAACUGGAAGUCUUGAGGAAGAGAAGGUUUGA